AUGGUGGCAGCAACAGAGAUCUCCAGCAAGCAAGGAUGCAAGGGCAGGGAUUGCUGUGGAUCACAGAGGAAGAAAAGAAGCACUGGGUUUGUAGUAGAUGCAUUCCAGUAUGGAGAGAUCGAAGGAUGUAGAGCUUAUUUCCUUACCCACUUCCAUUCUGAUCAUUAUGGUGGCCUAACUAAAAAGUUUACAUUCCCAAUAUACUGCAAUAAGAUAACUGGAAACUUGGUAAAGAAUAAACUGGGAGUGCAAGAGCAAUAUGUCCAUAUCCUGCCAAUGGAUAGAGAAUGUAUAAUAAAUGGCAUCAAAGUAGUGUUGCUUGAUGCUAAUCAUUGUCCUGGUGCUGCAAUGAUCCUUUUCUCUCUUCCAAAUGGGACUAUAAUAUUACAUACAGGCGACUUUAGGGCAGAUCCUUCUAUGGAGUGCUGUCCUUUCCUGAGUGGUUGGAGAGUUCACACUGUUUACUUGGAUACAACAUAUUGUAGUCCUGAGUAUACUUUUCCUUCCCAGCAAGAAGUAAUUCGAUUUGCUGUCAAUACUGCCUUUGAAAGAGUGACUUUAAACCCACGAACGUUAGUUGUUUGUGGAACAUAUUCCGUUGGAAAAGAAAAAGUCUUUCUAGCUAUAGCUGAAGUUCUGGGCUCAAAAGCAAGCAUGUCUUGGGAGAAAUACAAAACCCUGCAAUGCUUGGAAUCGGCAACAAUAAAUUCCCUCAUCACUUUGAACUGGAAUAAUACUUUGCUACAUCUUCUGCCCAUGAUGCAAAUUAAUUUUAAGAAUUUGCAGACUCAUUUGAAUAAGUUCUCUGAGAAUUUUGAUCAUAUUUUGGCUUUUAAGCCCACCGGGUGGACAUAUUCAGAUGGAUGUUAUUCUUUGAGUGAAAUCCAACCUCAGACAAGAGGAAAUAUCACUAUAUACGGGAUUCCUUACAGUGAGCACAGCAGUUUCCUUGAAAUGAAACAAUUUAUUCAGUGGCUGAAACCUCAAAAAAUUAUUCCUACUGUAAAUGUAGGAAAUUGGAAAGCUAGACAUGAAAUGGAGAAGCAUUUCAGGGACUGGAAGAUGCAAGUUGCAGAAUGGAAUUAGGAAGACUGGGUUUUUACUACAAUAAUUAUAUGCCUUAAAUUCUGACUAAUUUUUCUGCAUUGUUCUUUGACUUCGACUCACGUGGAAACAAUGGUGCGAGUCAACAAAAGAUGCUGUAUUUGCAGAAUCCAGAAGAUCAACAUAGAUCUGAACAAUAAAAUCAAGCAAUAUAUAUUGUCAUAAAUGUUUUUACAUUUUAUCUUCAUUUUUUUCUGCAUAAAAUAAAUAAA